AUGAAUUACAACACUACCGACUAUUCUUCUUUGGCUCCUCCCACCCCACCACCAUUGAAUGACAUGAAAUCAUCACAAUCACCUCGUCUAAAUACCAGCACCAUUGGCAUGCAUUUCUUGGGCAAAUCCUCCUUACGUCCAUCACCAUCAACGCCAUCAUUUAUGCGACGUGCACAGAGCCCAUCGCAGCAGCAAUACCAUCGACGAAGGCGAUUAUCGGUAUCAUCAGCAUCAAGCGAAUCAUCUACGCAAUCCAGCACAGCGUCAGCUUUGUUUUCACAUAUUGAUCCUGCCAGUAAUUUGACUGUGAGCACGAUUCAUGAAUGUGCUUCUGUUAUUUCAUGCAGCUCCUCCACAUCCAUUCUGGAUUCCGAAUGUUGUUGGCCAUCUACUUCUACUACCAAAGCAGCAGCAACAGCAACAUCACCAGCAUCAGCAUCAUCAUCUUCAUCAUUGCCAUUAUCACCCUCAUCAGCAUCAUUAUCAACAUCAUCAUCACCCGCACCACCUUCCUCUUUAAUGACGGCAGCCGACAUUCUUGCCGAGCUGCAAAACAACCCCAAUGAAACACGAUCCAUUUUGGAGCAUGCAUUGCAAGCUACGACUUUUCCAAAGCAGCAUCGUUGCGAGUUUUAUCAGGCCGUUUCCCAUUGGUCACAAACCACACACAAUGUAUGCGCCACUGUAUGGAUGGCACGAUGUUUAUUAGAUGGAUGGGGUGUUGCUGCCAAUCCUAUUCAAGGCCUAUCUAUGCUCGAAACCUUGGCGACGCGAUGCGAGACGCAAGCCUAUCUUCCCUUGGCCGAAUAUUAUCGACGCCAUUGUGCACGUAAAGACGCGAUUCGCUGGUACAAGCAUGCUGUGGAUGAUGCAUCCACCGAGACUGAGAUUGUUGCACUGGCCCAAUUUCGUCUGGGCGAGCUGUUUGCACAAAGCAAUCAAGAAGGAAGCCUGGCGUGGUUUGAAAAGAGCGCUCAAAAUGGAAACAGAUAUGGUCAAUACAUCACGGGUAUCCAUUAUCAACAUGGCAUGGAUGGCGCAACCAAGAAUUUGGAACUUGCCAAGCAUUACUUUUUAAUGAGUGCCGAGCAAGAUUAUGCCGAAGCACAAGCCGCUUUGGGCAUAUUAUUGGUAUCUCAAAAUCAUCAUGAUCAAGGAAAGCAAUGGCUAGAUCGAGCAGCUACCAAGCAACAUGGGCGGGCACUAUUGCAGCUGGGAAGCAUGUACGAAAACGGCCAUGGCGUUCUAUCUGAUGCUACACAAGCAAUGGCGUACUACACCAAAGCAGCCACAGAGGGCGAUCAUCCUGUUGCACAAUACUUGGUUGGUCUCCAUUACCGUUUUGGUACACUUGGUGUUCCCAAGGAUUACGCCCAAGCAUCCCAAUUCUUGUCACGUUCUGCAAAUGCAGGUUAUGCGCCGGCUCAGCGUGUGCUUGGUCUUAUGCUUGCCCAGGGGUUGACUUGCUCAACAACAACAUCAUCAUCAUCAUGUGAAAUCGAAGAUGAAGAUAAUCGUCAACGUGCUGCUCUUGCAUGGUUUCGUCGUGCUGCUUCACAAGGAGAUGUACGAUCAUUGUGCCUUGUUGGUACUUGCUAUGAACGAGGUACAGGCGUAUCCACCGAUUAUGACAAGGCGUACGAAUAUUAUCAUCGAGCUGCACGAAUCAAUGGUCCAUUCCAAGCUGCUGCACAAUAUGUCACGGGUCAACUAUUGUUAUUACGCAUGCACCGUCAAAGAGAUGCUUACGAAUGGUUCAAGCGUGCUUCUUCAUCAUCAUCCAACGCUGCUGCUGCUGCUGCUGCUGAUAAUGAAUCCGAGGAUCCUGCACAAGUGGCUAUCAAAAAGGCACGCGUCAUGGUGGCACGAUUCCACUUGCAUGGCUGGGCUCACGUGCCCAAAGAUAUGAAGUUGGCUUUUGAUCUCUUGCAACAAUCGCUUCCUCAGCCGUCAGCACAUUAUUGGCUUGGUGCGUGUUAUGAAGAAGGCAUUCCCACCGUAUGCAAUCCCGAUCCCAUUCGUGCAUUCCACCAUUAUCAAAAGGCUGCUGAAGGUGGUGAGACCGAUGGCGAAUUCCAAGUUGCCCUGAUGCUUGCUAAUGGCCAAGGGGUUCCCAAUCGAGAUCGACGCGCUGCAUUCCCAUGGUAUGAAAAGGCCGCUGCCAAAGGACAUCGCAUUGCACUCUACAGCUUGGGCUUGUACUAUGCCAAAGGACUUGAAGGUGUCAGCAAACCAGAUGCCUAUCGAGCAAGACAAUGCUUUGAACGUGCAGCACGCAAGGGUUAUGUACCAGCCAUGACAUCGCUUGCUAUCUUGUGUCGUGCCAUGCAAAACCAUGAAUCCAUGUUACAUUGGUAUCACGAAGCUGCCGGAUUAGGCGAUGCCGUAGCACAACGCGACCUUGGUAUGCUUCAUGCUGCAGGACUUGGUGUUCCUCAAGAUUACGCGAUUGCAUUCAAAUGGCUAUACAAGGCUGCUGAACAAAAAGAACCCAAGGCUACUCUAUUGCUUGCAAGUUAUUAUCAGAAUGGAUGGGCUGUCCCUGUCGACUUGGAGAAGGCUCUUACUUUGUACCAGCAGGCUGGCCAGCUAGGUGCAACAACUGCAUGGUAUGCAAUGGCAUUACUCUACCAAUCCAUCGGCAACUAUGAUCAAGCCUUUUUGAAUUACAAGCGUGCAUCAAAUGAUCAGCAACUCGCCAUGACGACUGCAGGAAAGAAUGCCAAGUUGAUGCUUGCAAGAUACAUUCUUGGUUAUUACCUUGUGGAUAAUGCGCCUGUAUCCAUCACCGAUAUGGAUGGUCUCACUGCUACCAAUGGAUUCCAAAUCUUGUUUGAUCUCGCCAACAGUGGUGAAUUCCCUUCAGCUUAUUUCUGGCUUGGCAUGUGCUAUCACCAAGGCAAUGGUGUGAAGGAAGAUCAACAAGAAGCGUUUGAAUGGUUCUUCCUUGCUGCUGAUAAGGCCAAGACGAGCGAUGCCAUGAUGCGCGUGGGAAUGAUGUACGAACAAGGCCUUGGUGUUGAAAAAGACGAGCUCUCUGCAUUUGAGUAUUAUCUCAAGUGUGCUGAACAAGAUCAUCCUGAAGGUCAAUACAAGGUUGGCUUAGCUUAUUGGCGUGGUCUAUUCCAUGUGGAAAUGAAUCUUGGUGAAGCCGUUGUUUGGUUUACCCGAUCAGCAUCCUCCUCUUCUGGUUGUUGUCCUUUGAGUAUUUGGGCGCUUGGUCAAAUGGCGUUUGAGAAUGGUGACCGGGACGUAGCAGUGGCGUGGUGGCGCAAAUCCAUUCGACUUGGCCAUGUUCCAUCUAUGCGUGCACUAGCUGGUCUUUUGCUUGAACAACCCACUGAUAAGACCAACGCUAUCACUACCGACAUGGAGGAAAAUGAAGACGAAGAAGCGAUUGGACUCCUUACGAGCGCUGUUGAAUCGGGUGAUGCUGAUGCUCUUGUUAUGCUUGGACGAUAUCACGAAGAACGUGUCAAGUUGUUGCUACAGCAACAGCAUCAACGCAUGUUACAAGACGCCUUCAUUGAUGAGGAACAAGCCGAGCAAUUAUUGGAAAAGAUCGAUCGCGAACGAAAUGCAUCGAUUCGUUGUUUUGAACAAGCAGCAUCCAUGGGGCAUGUGGAAGCAAUGUUCCUUGCAGCACAGUCGUGGCACUCACAGCAACAAUUCGCAGCAGCACUUGAGUUUUAUACUAUGGCAGCCAAACAUGGCCAUAUGCUUUCCAAGGUCAUGUGUGCACGCUAUCGUAUUGCCGGACAUGGUGGAUUACAACCUGAUCCUGAAAAGGCAUACAAGGAAUUGCUUAUUUGUGCUGAAGAGCACCAAUGUGUUGAUGCAUUUAACACGCUUGCCCAGUGUCACGAACUUGGUAUUGGAACAGCUCAAGAUGAUCGAUUCGCACUUCAAUGGUACUUGAGAUCGGCUGAAGCUACCCAAGAUGCCGAAGCUAUGUUCAGGAUUGGUCGUAUGCAUGCUCAAGGACGCGUUCUUGCCAAGCAACUUGAUAAUGAACAAGACGAUGGACAUCAUCCCGACUUUGAAGCAUUCCAAUGGUUCCAAUUUGCAUGUGAAGCCAAGAAUCACCCACGCGCCCAUUAUCACCUUGGAUUAUAUCAUCUCCAUGGCAUUGUUCUCGAAUCCACAUCCUCAACACCCCGUAUCCUUGUCCCUGUUGAUCACGUGCUUGCAUGCCAUCAUCUAGAACAAGCUGCUGUACAAGACGAUUGUGAUGCAAUGGUAGAGCUUGGUCAACUUCUCAUGUCAUCUGAAGAACCUACACAUGCCAAUGCAGGUCUCGCAUGGUUGGAAAGAGCAGCACAACUUGGAUCCACGAUUGCACAAUGCGAGCUUGGCAAGUUGUAUCAUACGGGUACCAGCAAUGCCACCACGACGAUUGAGCAAAAUCAUGAAAAGGCCUAUGACUACUUUUGCCGUGCGGCACAACAAGACAAUGAACCCACAGCCAUUCUUUUCCUCGGGUCGUACUAUGAACAUGGUAUUCAUGUUGCCGCCAAUGUGGAAGAAGCAAGACGAUGCUAUACAUGGGCCCUUGAACAACAACCUGGAUGGUGGCUCGCCGAACUUGCUUUAGCCAAGUUGCUACACGCCAAUAGCCAAUCACAAUCUGAAGCAUAUGCAUUAUUCCAAGCAGCACAUGAACACGCACCACCUCAUGCUCAAACAUCAGCUACCCUCAUGGUCGCCCUCUACGAGCUAUAUGGAUGGGCUGGUGUACCGGCUAAUCCCACACAAGCAGCAGCUACUCUGAUAGAGUUGGCCGAGUCAGGUGAACCACGCGCCUUUUUCCAUGUUGCCCAAUGCUAUGAUCAAGGCAGAGGGGUCCAAGCAGAUCGUGGCAAAGCUUUCGAUUGGUAUAUGCGUGCUGUUGAAGCACAUUUACAACACGAUGAUGAUCUUCAAGACGACUACCAAGAACAAGAAAUUGCUGAUGCUGCUUUUCGUCUCGCCGAGUUUUAUCAACAUGGAUGGGGCGUUCCUGUGGAUCAACAUAGAGCCAACGAACUAUAUUGCAUAGCUGCCGAGCAUGGCAACAAGAAGCUGCUCAACUAA